AAGAGAAGAACUGCAACACAUCACAUUUGUAAAGCGACAUCAAUGGAGACAUGACAACACACCACUUUUCCGGUUAAUGGUCAAUCGUCUUUCCACGUUGUGACAACAAUUGAUGUAUAAUGUCUUUAUACAUCCAACAGACGACAGUACGACGAGCAAACCGCGGGUCCCGUGACAGAUGGAGGCAGUCAAAUACAACUUUUCUGGAGUUUUUCUAACUAUACGGACAGAGGAGAACCAUCUUCCAUCUUAUUAGCUCCAGGACUAUUCACCAACACCAGCACCCAGAAUGAGCAUGAAACUUGAAUUGAACAAUGUGGAGCUGAGAGCUGGAGAUCAGCUGAAAAUAAAGGGAGUAAUUCUGCAUGAUGCUGAGAGAUUCCAGAUCGACCUCGGCUGUCAUGAAGACGAUCUGGCUCUGCACUUCAACCCUCGUUUCCAUGACGACACUGAUGGAGCUGUUGUCGUGUGCAACUCAAAGACUGCUGGUUGCUGGGGUGAUGAGAAAAGGGAAAUACACAACCCCCUGCACAGGGGCACAGAUGUCAAGAUUGUGCUGAAACUGGCUGGAGACGUGUUUGAAGUGGAGCUUCCUGACGGACAGGAGGUCCAGUUCCCGAACCGUGUUGGCAUGGACGUCAUCAGCUACAUCAGAAUCACUGGAGACCUCAAACUGACUUCCUUCAAGAUCUGCUAAGAGACACAACUGCUCUCACACAUGUAUGCUGUGUUUAUCAGUUUGGUUAAAGAUGAGACUUUCAGUUAUUGUAAGAAACAUGAAUCAUAAAGAGAUGUAAAUGUUCAGUACAAAAGGAAUGUAUCCUUAUUUAAAUAUUUCCUGUUGUGCAACAGAAAAUAAAAUGUUUAAAUU